AUGGCAGAUUGUGUUUCUGGAAAGAUUUUAUUUGAAGAAAACGAAAGGAACCAACCCAAAAAAAACUGUGACUCCUGUGAACAAGAUGGGAAGUCCAUACCUGCUGUGGGAUUUUGUGUGGACUGCCAGAACUAUUUAUGUGAUCAGUGUUUUCAGUAUCAUUGUAUGCCACGUCCCAUGAGGCAUCACAGAUUGUUAGAUGAAAAGGAAAUGCCAAAAAAAAAAGUGGCAAGGAGUUUGUCAGAAGUUUGCCAAAAACAUGAAGGGGAGACAAUGAAAUUUUACUGUAAAACUCAUGAAGAAGUUGGUUGUAAUUCUUGUAUGGUUAUUGAACAUAAACCCUGCCAAGAAAUAUGCAGUUUGGCUGAUAUUGCUAAAGGCGUAGAAACUUCUGAUCAAUAUAGAAGUCUUUGUGACCAAAUCAGUGCUACAAAAAGAGAGCUUGAAGACCAGAUUAGAGUUGCCCAUGAAAACAUUGAAAUAAGUAAAUCAUGCAGAGAAACAGCAAUUAGCAGUAUAGAUGAAUUUCAAGAGAAAAUGCUUGAGAAACUUAAAUCACUUAGAAAUGAAAUAAUGAAAGAAGCUGAAGAAAAAGAGAGAAAAGAAACCAUUAAAAUAGAACAAGUAGUCAAAGCAGCAAAUAAAACAAAGGAAGAACUGCAAGAUUUAUCAACCAACAUGGAAAUACUUGAAGCAACUAAACAAAGCAAACAGUUGUUUGUCGCUAUGAAAAAAGUUGACAAGCAACAUCAAGCUUUGGUGAAAAAGUUGGAAGACAUGAAAAAAGAAAAUAAAGUUGAAAGUUAUUCAUUCAUUCCAAAUGAACUUUUGUCAAAUAUGUUCCAGAAUAUUGAUGCAGUAGGUGAACUAUGCAUUCAUGAAGCCGACAAUUCAUCUGAAGCACUGCAAAGUUCUUACAGUUAUUAUCUUGAAUAUGGAUUCCCAAAAGUACUGGUGACACCAGACGAUUAUUUUCUUUUUACUGACCGCAUAUUUAAUGACAUUUACUUAAUGGAAGAAGACGAAAUCAUUGCAAAGAAACGGCUAACAUCAUGCCCAUGGGAUAUAGCACUGACUGAAGAAAAUGACUUUGCAGUCACAUUCCCAAAUGAAAGGAAAAUCAAAAUCCUUGCAGUUGCUGAUCAAGAAAUCAUAGAAAGUAAAGAAAUGAAAGUAAAUGCAAGAUGUGAAGGCAUAGCGUAUGCAGAAAACACAUUACUCGUGGCUUGUUCAAAUCCACCAUCAGUGAUUGUACUGGAUAUAUCCAGCAAGAUCAUUCGAACCAUUUCAGAAGAUGAAAAUGGUUGCCUGUUGUUCAAACAGCCAGCUUAUAUAGCAUAUAACAGAAAAAGAAAACUUAUUUGUGUGACAGAUAGACAGAGUGACAGUAUACAUAUACUUACAAUGGAAGGAAAAUUAGAUAAGGUUUUCAAACUGGAGGAAGUCAAAAUGCCUCUUUCAAUUGCUUUUUGCCAAGAAAAAGAUGAAGAAAAAAAGGAAGAUACAGAUGAAGAUAAAGAUGUAUGCUUAGGACUUGUUGACUUUAAAAGCAAUGCUGGACAUGUAUUCAACAUACACACUGGUAAGUUAGAGUCAAAAAUGUUAGACAUAAGUAAUUCAGACGACCUACAUUUCUGUAAAAUUACAGACUUCAAAAUUUCACAUUCUAAAGUGUGGACAACUGGGUUUAUGACAAUAAAAACUUAA